UUUUUCAGAAUCUGGAAAUUUCAUUGUAGUUCUCUAUUCUGUGACACAUAAGGAUCCUGAAUUUUAUGAAUGCCUCCAUUGCAAUGACAGGUUACCCAACCUUCGAUUCCAGCUAAUAACCAGCAAGGAAACACUACAUUUUUUCAAAAAUGUUGAACCUUCUGACACAAAACCAAUCCAUUUUGAACUGAGAGCUGAAAGCCAAAAUGCAGAAACAGAGUUUUUCAACAAAGUUUCCAAGAAUCUUUCAAUUAAGAGGUCUUCCCAAACGUUAUCUCCAGGGAAAAUGCCAAUAAAUGAUCCUGAUUCUGGUGUUGAAGAUGAAGAUUUUUCUCCAAGACCAAUUCCUAGUCCUCAUCCAGUUUCUAAGAUCCAACCAUUAGUUCCUGAACUUUCACUUGUGUUGGAUGGCAAUUUCAUGGGAUCAAACCCUCUGCCCAAUCCAUUGGAAAUGGUGAAUAAUGAAAAUCCUUUGUUGAAUAAUCACUGUGAACACUUGGAGCCUUUGCAAUCCCAGCUUUAUGAUGAGAAACAAAGCCCGGAAACUGAAGCUGGAGAGCCUUGCUUGAGAGGACCACCAAAUCAGUUGAACCAGGGCACUGUUCCUUUGAGACACUGUAAAAUAAGGCAGUCAUCCUCCUGUAAGAAAGGGAACCCCCAUAUGAGGAAUGGUGUUAAACCGUCUUCUCUUAAUGGGCCAUCUCCUGAUACAUCUGAAAAGUUUCAAACAAUUUCUGCUGGAAAUGUACACAAAGAAGAGUAUCCUAUAAGAUCCUCCACACUUAAUUCCAAGCCUUCUUCUCUUGCCCCACAGUCCCACCCACAUAAUUUUGUUUUUUCACCCCAUAAUUCAGGGAGACCAAUGGAAUUCCAGAUACCUACUCCCCCUCCACCAUCUUUCUAUCCCACAAAUGUUUGCAGUUGUUGUCAGCAUCAUGGGCCUAUUCAAUGUACUCCAAUAAAUUCUUGGCAAGGAAUGAACACUGUAGGAUCCAUUCAAGACCUCCAGUCUGAAGCUCUUCAAAAACAUUCAUUAUUUCACUCUAGUGCAUGUCCAACUCUGUGCCAUAAUGCUUUCUACUCCUCAAGUAGUCCUAUAGCUUUGAGACCUCAGGGCAGCUUGGGUGGUGGUUCUCCACACGGCAGUGUAGAUCCAUUGCCUGCUGCAAGAUUACCGUCACAUGUGGACACUUGUCACCCACGGCCUUGUGCAGCUUGCAUGCACACACCCAAGACUGGGUCAGAGGAUGGAAUGAUGGGACUCUCUCCGGAUGCUUAUAGAUUCCUCACAGAACAAGACAAACAGCUGAGACUACUUCAAGCACAGAUUCAGCGUUUAUUGGAAGCACAAUCUCUGCAGCCCUGUUCCCCGAAGGCAGCGGCUGUUGAGGACACAGUGCAAGCUGCAAGACAAAUGGAGUUGGUGUCCAUGGAAGCACAGUCUUCCCCUAGUUUGCACAUGAGGAAAAGUGUAAGCAUUGCUGUAAGCACAGGCGCUAGCUUGUUUUGGAAUGCAGCAGGUGAUCAAGAGCCUGAAUCUCAGCUGAAGCAAGAUGAUACCAAGAUUUCCAGUGAGGACAUGAAUUUUUCAGUUCAUAUUAAUAAUGAAGUCACAAGUCCUCCAGGUAGUGCAUCUUCAUUAAAAGCAGUUGAUAUUCCCAGUUUUGAAGAGAGCAACAUUGCUAUAGAAGAAGAAUUUAAUCAACCACAUUCUGUAUCCAAGUAAGGUUUCCUUGAUU